CCGUUGGGGAUAUGAUUGUAUCUAUUGAUGGGCGGAGUCUCAUUGGAGUCAGACACUACGAGGUUGCAAGAUUGUUAAAAGAACUCCCGAGAUACUAUAGUUUCGAUAUGACACUGGUUGAACCAAGAAAAGCAUUUGCUGUUGCUCCAAGAGGAUUAGGCCAGUCUAACCUAAAGCCGGUUUCAAAACUAUUAGAUGAUCCUUCUUCCUCUGUCUCUGACACUGCCUCUCUCUCCUCCUCUAACACUGAGAGACCACCAACCCUCAGACUCAAGUCGGACGGACAAGCAUUGAUAGAAGAAGCAAUGACUUCAUGGACUAAGCAAACUGUAGAGAGAGUGGAUGAUCUACUGGAGAGUUUCAUGGGAAUCAGAGACAACCAGUUAGCUCAUGUUAUUGUUGAUUUAGCUCGGGAUAAGAGCAGUGUUGAUGAGUUUAUUGAAACUGUCGCAUCUUCAAGUUCACUUGGUCACUUCCAAUUUCCUCCUGAUUUCAUUACUGAACUGUGGAGUGUUAUACGAUGAAUAUAGAGAUUGAGAAAGAGUGGAGGAAGGUUUUAUAUUAUUUAUUUUUGUACCUGGGGCAAUAUAUUACUUAAUAUUAAUUUUUUAUUAAUUUUUAUGCACUUUUCUCAAUGAUUAAUUUCUAUGAGUGGGCGUUGAAUAAAGUACCGUA